CGGCGGCGGCUUUGUCUCGUGGGCUGGUCCCUGGCGGCUCCCUCCCCCGAACAGCUGCCACCGAGGGAAGAAGAGGCGCGGGAGCUGUCCAGCACCCCGGUGCUGAAACCUCGAGCGGCUCGUCAUCCACCACCACCAUGUAAGGGCCAUGAAAAGGGCUCGUCCUGGCGCAGCGCGGACAUGGAGGAGGACUUAUUCCAGCUAAGGCAGCUGCCGGUGGUGAAAUUCCGUCGCACAGGCGAGAGUGCAAGGUCAGAAGACGACACGGCUUCGGGAGAGCAUGAGGUCCAGAUUGAAGGGGUCCGUGCAGGCCUAGAGGCCGUCGAGCUGGAUGAUGGGGCAGCUGUGCCCAAGGAGUUUGCCAAUCCCACUGACGAUACUUUCAUGGUGGAAGAUGCGGUGGAAGCCAUUGGUUUUGGAAAAUUUCAAUGGAAGCUGUCUGUUCUCACCGGCUUGGCUUGGAUGGCCGACGCCAUGGAGAUGAUGAUCCUGAGCAUCCUUGCACCACAGCUGCACUGUGAGUGGCGGCUCCCCAGCUGGCAAGUGGCAUUGCUGACCUCGGUGGUCUUUGUCGGUAUGAUGUCCAGCUCUACUCUCUGGGGAAACAUCUCGGACCAGUAUGGCAGGAAAACAGGGCUGAAGAUCAGCGUGCUCUGGACCCUUUACUACGGCAUCCUCAGUGCUUUCGCGCCUGUGUACAGCUGGAUCCUGGUGCUCCGGGGCCUGGUGGGCUUCGGGAUUGGAGGGGUCCCCCAGUCGGUGACGCUGUACGCUGAAUUCCUUCCCAUGAAAGCCAGAGCUAAGUGCAUUUUGCUGAUUGAGGUGUUCUGGGCCAUCGGGACAGUGUUCGAGGUCAUCCUGGCUGUGUUUGUGAUGCCCAGCCUGGGCUGGCGUUGGCUGCUCCUUCUUUCAGCUGUCCCGCUCCUCCUCUUCGCUGUCCUGUGCUUUUGGCUGCCAGAGAGUGCAAGAUAUGAUGUGCUCUCUGGAAACCAGGAAAAGGCCAUUGCCACCUUAAAGAGGAUAGCCACGGAAAACGGAGCCCCCAUGCCUCUGGGGAAGCUCAUCAUCUCCAGACAGGAAGACCGAGGCAAAAUGAGGGACCUUUUCACACCCCAUUUUAGAUGGACAACCUUGUUGCUGUGGUUUAUAUGGUUUUCCAAUGCGUUUUCUUACUAUGGACUAGUUCUGCUCACCACUGAGCUCUUCCAGGCUGGAGAUGUCUGCAGCAUCUCCAGCCGGAAGAAGGCCGUAGAGGCAAAAUGCAGCCUGGCCUGCGAGUACCUGAGUAAGGAGGAUUACAUGGACCUGCUGUGGACCACGCUCUCUGAGUUCCCAGGUGUCCUUGUGACUCUCUGGAUUAUCGACCGCCUGGGCCGCAAGAAGACCAUGGCCCUGUGCUUCGUCGUUUUCUCCUUCUGCAGUCUCCUGCUGUUUAUCUGUGUCGGAAGAAAUAUGCUCACUCUUUUACUCUUCAUUGCAAGAGCGUUUAUUUCUGGAGGCUUCCAAGCAGCCUAUGUUUACACACCUGAGGUCUACCCCACGGCGACCCGAGCGCUGGGCCUGGGCACCUGCAGCGGCAUGGCAAGGGUGGGCGCUCUCAUCACCCCGUUCAUUGCUCAGGUGAUGCUGGAAUCUUCCGUGUACUUGACGCUGGCUGUUUACAGCGGCUGCUGCCUCCUGGCUGCCCUGGCCUCCUGCUUUUUGCCCAUCGAGACCAAAGGCCGUGGACUGCAGGAGUCCAGCCACCGGGAGUGGGGCCAGGAGAUGGUCGGCCGAGGGGCACACGGCACAGGUGUCGCCAGGUCAAACUCAGGCUCUCAGGAAUAGUGACCAAUGGCGGGGCUGAGCUGGUCUUGGAAGCUGUAGAGCGUGGGGAGCUGGUGGAGCCCUGCUGGGGCACCAGCCGUCACUGCCGACAUCAAGAACUCACCCUAGAACUCCACCUGGACCGACGAGGUUUUGUGUCUUGACUCUGCUCAUAUUCAUCGAGAUCCACCCGGGGAUGGGGAGGCUUUUGCUCUGGGGGGUCUUCUGUAUGUGUGUGGAGGUUUGUUAGUAACCUGUGGAUCUGCAUGGGAAAACUGCCACUUCAGGAGUGCCCGGUGACGCCAGUAGCCAGCCAGACACCAUCCAGAGUCAGCUGGUCACACCCUCGGUGAACAACCACCCAAAGAUCUCUGUACAGUCCAGGCCCAAACCCUGUGAGACCUGUCGCCCAGUAAGGUGACACCUGUCACCUGUUCUUAGGUUUGUCCUGCACCCCCAGCCCCAGGCUUUCUUCUUUGAAAUUGCAGGUGACUUGGGUGUAGCCUGAGCAGCUUUUUCUUGGGUCUGAGAAAAGCUCCCAGGGAAGGGGCCCCUCAGUUUGCGCCCCUGCCCCAAGGGCCUGAGUAGUGGGGACUCUGGCGGAUGGACAUGAAUUUGAACUUGAGCCGCAUGCCUCCACCUGGCCCCCUCCUGGAGUUGCUGUCCCUGGUUCCAGGAGAUCCAGAUGUGUCCAGGAAGAUGACUGGGCUUGUACCAGAUGACAACCUCAGAAAGCUGUUAUUGCCAGGAACUGGGGGUGAAGGCAAAUAGAGGUGAGGACCAAGCCCACAGCCAAAGCAGCCCCCCACACCCUGGAAGCAGCAAAGGCUGCACUGGGGGCUUCUCUUCUGGCCCCGUCCUCAGUCAGUCUAGUUGGUGACUCUUGGGGCAAGAAAACAGUUAACUCAGGUUUCAGCGCUUUGGAUUUUGAGCGUGGUGUGUGGCCAAGUGGAUGGAGAAAUGGAAAGAUGCUACACCAACCACCCGCUCGGGGUAGGGGACCAGGAAUCCUUUCUCCCUAGAUUCUCUGCUGCCCCUGCUGUCAAGGGCUAGCUUGGUCUUUACACAGAGGACGCUCCGGGGUUUCCAGUGGUGGACCGCACGGCAGGGAUGCUGCAGGUGGGGAGGAACAGGAGGGUCCAGAGGUAUGAAACAAGUGCAUUUUCAAAGUAAGAGAAGGGAGGUCAACCAGCUUUGGGGAUUGGCCUCAAGAGGAAGGGCUGACCCUGCAUCUCAGCAGACAACAUCCACCUCUAGGAUUUAGUUUCCACGAGCCUUUACCCAUCAUGAAGGCAGGAACCUAGGGACAGAUGCCAGAUCCCAUCAAAGGCCAGAGAAGACCGACCCUCUGCUUGGAGGUAUCUGCUUGGAGUGAACAUUGCAAAGAAGCCAAACGUGUACGUUCAUCUUUAUUAAAACAUAUCGGUGAUGG